AAAAGGGAAAAGAGAGGCCCAACAACAAUAUUGUAAAGAUGGAGUUAUCAAGAAAGGACGUUUUGAAAGAACAUGUACUUAAAAUGCGAAAUUGGUUUACUCAGAAACAAUUUUUCAAGAAUCCGAGGGUUUUUCUGCCAUUUCUUGCAUUGUUAAUUUUCGUGUUAAUCGUUACAGGAAUUCUUCGAGUAAUUUUAUCAUGGCUCUUUGUGUCGCUGACACUUAUCAUGAGUGUCAUUUCUGGCAUUUCCAUUGUUCUAAUAACAGGAAAACACAGAAUUCCGCCAACGCCAAAACCAACUCGGGAACAAAUUCAAGUAACAAGGACUUUGGAAAUGUUGACAAAGACUUAUAGUAGGCAUUAUUAUACUCACAAGACUGUAAUAUCACGACAAAUGGACAAGACAUUGCAAGAUGUCAUAGAUUUAGUAGUUAGAGAUUUUUGUCUCUCUUGGUUCAGGGAUAUCGGGAAAGACGAGACAGCUUUCGUUGAAAUUCUGAACAAAGAGUUUUGGAAAAUAAUCGAAAAUGUGGUAGAAAGACUAAGGAAUGUUGACCUUGUCAAUUUUUUGGCCAACGAUAUGGUUAUUAGACUUUCAACCCAUUUUCAAGAUUUAAGAUUAUCUGAUGCAAGAAUUUUACCAGGACAAACGAAGCCUUUUCUUUUGCAUCCAGCACUUAAAGACAAGGAAUCAGAGCUUGAAUUUCUUCGAUCUGCUGCAGAAUCUCUCCUUUAUUGUGUUCUGCCACCAAGUGAUGCACAUUGCACCCCAGUACGAUACAUAUUGAGAGAGAUUCUUGUGAAUUACAUUUUUCUUCCAACUGCAGAAUCUGUUUGUGAUCCUGAUUAUCUUAAUCAGACAUUGGUGAUCUACCUUGAGGAUAGAGAAAAGAUCACAGAAACACACAAGCAGCAGUAUGCAUAUGCUGAAACAUAUGAAGAUUUUGUCAAACUUAUAAACACAACCACCAACAUAGAGACACUAAAACAAAUAAGGUAUCACACAAUUGCAGAAAUUAUGCAGGCAACUGUUAUUCAUAACAUGAAAGGAAUUGAUCACAAGGAUGGUAAUGAAAAGACAGCAAAGAGAAGCAAAAAAGAGAUGCUCAGAGAAAGAAAUUUGAAACGGUACAUUAACCAAUGCAGAGUUGCAAAGUCACUUUGUGAGAAAAGGAUUAGGUCUUUAGGAGGUCCUGAUUACAGAGUUUAUGGCCUAGGUCAUGGUAAACCAUUGGAGGGAGCUAGUGUACAACAAGGAAAGUCAGUGAAAGUUAAAAGAUCAAAUUCCACCAAGAUAUUAUCUUUCCGCCAGAUAAUGGAUAACAGUCUAGCAAGGAGCUACCUGAUGAUGUAUCUUCAAAGAAAUAAUAUCAGUAACCUUCUAGGGUUAUGGAUGGCAAUUGAGCGUCUCAGGCUUGUCACUUCUGCUGAUGCUGUUGAGUCUGCAAGAGACAUUUUCCAAACCUACAUUACUCCAUCAGCUGAGAAAAUCGUCAAACUUGAUACAAGACUUGUCAGAGGAAUGGAAGCUUAUCUGUAUGGUAACGGUGGUCCUGAAUACUUCUUUGAAACUCAGAAAAUUAUCUACCGAACCAUGGAGGAGAAGGUUUAUCGCGACUUUGUGUUAAGUAAAGAUUACAUGGAGUAUAUUUGCCAAUCUGAGUCUGUUAUUGACGAGCUGAGGGCUCAUCUACCAGAGGGAGAAGAAGAAAAUCACACACUUGCUUGGAGUGAUGGGAUGAAUAUACGGGAAAAGCAUGCACCUGACUCGUGGAAAGCAGUUGUGCCCAGUAGCAUUGAAGAGAGGAACGAUUAUAGCGUUAGAAAGUUGCAAAUACUGGAUCAGAAUUUGUCUGCGAAGAGGCAAGCAUUAGAAUUGAGCAAGAGAGCAUUGCCAGCUGAUCCACAGGAAAUUGAAGCUUUGGAGAAGGAAGUAGAGGGGUUGAUUACGGAAAGAAGACAACUUGAAUUUCACAUAGAGAGAACUGAUUUGUGGUGCGAAAUGUUGGGGUAUUGGAAAGCUACUAUCGUCAGUGCACAGCUUGAUCCCAACGAUGACAAAACACCUUUGCUUGUUAUCUGUAUAUCCUGUGAUGAAGCAGCUAAUAAACAACAAGAUUACGUCACUCAAGCCACUGGAUGGGUUGUUGCACGAAGACUUAAAGACUUCCAGGCCCUUCACUCUAAGCUUAAAGACUGCUGUACGUGGAUGAGCACUGAGAUCCCUGUGUCUAGUAAAAAGUGGUUUUUCAACAAGAAGUAUGAUGCCGCUGCGCUGGAGAGCUUGAAAAGUUCUUUGCAAGAAUACUUAUCAAUUUUAUUGCAAGAUGAAAGGUUGUACCAGAGUGAAGAAUUAUAUUUGUUUCUGAGUCCCAGCUCAGAACAGCUAAGAGGCCAGCAGGGCAACCGAACUGGAGCCGGACAAGAGAAGAAGCAGUUUUCGUUUGUCUCUUCCUUGAAAGACUCAAUUAGAAAGAUGCCAUUUCCUGAAAUUCUAUCUGAUUCCGUGGAGGAAGCCGAAGAGGUGGACGCUGGAAUUGAAGAAGGGGUGACAGACCGAAAAGAUUCUAUCGCAGAACCCCUUUAUGCAUUAAUCAGUGAAGUUUUUGAGCUCAAAGGAGUUUUCAAGUACCUGCGGCGAACGCUGAUAGCUUUUGUUCAAGUAACUUUUGGUGGAACGAUAAACAGGCAUGUAAGAGAAUUUGUUGAAUGGCUUGUAUCGGAGUCAAUGCUGAUUUAUUACAUAAACAAUUUCAAGGAUUCUUUUUGGCCCGGUGGCAAGCUAGCCCCACCGUACCCUGAGAGAACUACCUUGGAAAAACUAAGAACAAGAGAAAAAGCCAAAGAAAAAAUGAUGAAGAAUAUACCAGAUGUGCUCUCAAAUUUGGUUGGAAAACGAAAUAGUAAACUUGGAUUUAUCAAAAUAUUCGAAGGAUUUCAGGAUAUCAAAACAAACAAGCAUAUAUUCUACGUGCUAUUGGAGUUGAUUAUCAUUACUCUGUGUCCUGAAAUCAAAUCUGAUGAGAUCUUAGAUGCCAUGAAUCGAAAAUUUGGUAAACAGUUGGAUAGAGAAGUGGAUGUAUUUGACAGUAUGUAACUACGAGUAGUACUAAGUGGGACGAACCAUGUUUGAUUGUUGCGUAAAAAUCAUCGUUAUACUUCUUCAAUUGUAUUUGUCAAAAAUUAAUUUAAGGACUUUUUAAUGUGAAUAAGCUACCGAUUCUAAAUAGAAAAUUUAGAUUGCUAGUCAUAAGGGUUUCGUGUACGUUAAGUGCACUAAGAAAUUAUUUGAUCUUUAGCAUUUAUUAUAAAACAGCAGACCAUAUAAGAGCAUUGUUACAUGCUCCAGCCUUAAUGCCUGUUAACUAACUGGUUGUCUCUGUUGUGUUCAUGGGCAUAGACAAAUCACAAAUACUUCAAACAAAAUCUGAACACCAUUUGCGAUCUUUAACUUAAGAACUAAAUCGGAAAAUGGAGAGCCUAGACGCUCGCUAAUCUCAAGAUGAUUAUUGCUAUUUUGUUAUUGGUCUUGAGUAUGUAUUCUUUGAGUAUUUUUUAAAAGCAAUGAUUAUUCAAUAAAGAAUCAGCUAUUGUAAUUUUUGUAGUAGCAUGUAACCUUUGCUGUCCACUGUUAACAUGAAAGAUUCGUUACUAAGAUUUUGCUCAAAUUUUUAUUAAUUUUUCCGCCUUGCCAUUUUAAAACUUUUGAUAAAUAGUCAUAGAUCUAUUUGCCCCUUAUCCCCUAGCCAUUUUAUAUCAAAAUUAAAAAUUCAUUAUCUAUCUCUUAUUGAAAAAAUCAAUCCUGCAGUUAUCAUGAGACAUUUAUAAGGAUGGGUUAUUUUGAAGCAUUUACAAACAGUUGCUCUAUGUUGUGUUAUUCGCUUCAAGAAUAAAUCAAAAUUAUUAAGUCGAAAUUAUCGAAAAUAUAAGGUAUAGUAUCUAAUGUUUUAUGGCCAGCCUACCUGAUUAGUGGCCUAUAACAUUUGUUGUUAUUAUCUGGCAAUAACAUUUCUUUAUGAUCUGUUAGUAAUAUUUACAUUAUAGAUUUUUUGAACCAUUUCUUUUCCAAAUAAAUUUAUUUAAUUCUUAUAUAUACAAUCAUGUUGAAUAAUUGAUAAUUUUAAUUAUCAGAGUAUUGAUGACAAUACCGAGCAAUA